CUUCGCAAUGUAUCUACGGAGCAACAUAAUGAGUGCCACCCGUGCUGGCCAUGGCCUACGCCGGCUCUCAUCGAACGCCCUGGUCUACUCGGAAGAGGUGCUCCACGCCAAGACUACCGGCAGCCCAAUCGUAGCCCUGGAAUCCACCAUCAUUACUCACGGCAUGCCCUACCCACAGAAUCUGGAAACAGCGGUGGCCGUAGAAACUAUUAUAAGAGAAAAGGGGGCUGUGCCAGCCACAGUGGCCAUUUUGAAAGGCCAGCUGACCGUCGGUCUGUCUCGAGAGCAGCUGGAAUAUCUGGCCCACGCGAAGGGCGUGGUGAAGGCCUCGCGCCGGGACCUGGCGCCCGUGACGGCGGCGGGCCUCGACGGUGCCACCACCGUCGCCGGCACCCUCGUCGCGGCAGACCUGGCCGAUAUACCUGUAUUUGUAACCGGUGGCAUUGGAGGCGUGCACCGCGAGGGCGAGAACACGCUGGACGUGUCGGCGGACCUGACGGAGCUGGGCCGCAGCCGCGCCGCGGUCGUCUGCAGCGGCGUCAAGUCCAUCCUCGACAUCGGGAAGACGCUCGAAUACCUGGAAACUCAAGGCGUGUGUGUAUGCGCGUUUGGAGAAUCAGACGAGUUUCCGGCAUUCUACACUCGGCGUUCGGGGCAUCGAGCACCGCACCGCACGCCCACGGCCGCGCACGCCGCGCGCCUGCUGGCCGCGGCGCGGGCGCUGUGUCUCGAGUCCGGUACCGUCAUCGCUGUACCUGUGCCGGAGGAACAUGCUAUGGAUGAAUCAGUUAUAAAUGAAGCAAUUACCCUCGCUUUACAAGAAGCCAAAAGAAAAGGCAUCCAUGGGAAGGAAGUGACUCCUUACAUUUUGGCUGCUGUCUCAGAAGCAACAGGGGGCAAGUCUCUCGAUACCAACAUGGCCCUCAUAAAGAACAACGCUAAAGUUGGCGCCGAUAUUGCCGUUGAGUUUAACAAACUCAUGAAUGUCGACAAUGUAUCGAACAAUUUGAACAUUGGAUUCUCAAGGCGUGUAGAUAAUUCGGCCGACUCUCGAUCGUUCCACACCUCGUGUAGGUCGCGCGGAAGCGCGCCGCUAUCGCCGAGCGAACCCGCUGCGUCCGAGCCUGUGCUCGCCAUCGGCGGGGCCAACGUAGACAGGACCUACAGAGUAGCAGAAGAUUACAUCAAGUUGGAUGGCAGUACGCACCCCUGCGCGAUGGCACAGUGCGGCGGAGGGGUCGCGCGCAACAUGGCAGAAGCGUUGUGGCGUCUGCGCGGCGGGCGGGCGCGGCUACUCACCGCCGUCGGCGACGAUGCCGACGGCCACUACCUUACCGGGAUCGCACCAGGACUGCUACUGGACGGAUGCGUGGUGCGAGGUGCCCGCACGCCGACAUACGCCGCCAUCAUGGACGCCCGAGGAGAGUGUCAACUUGGGCUUGGGGACAUGGCUCUCCAUAAUCACAUCUCUAUCGAACUCGUGAACAGGCACAUGGAUGUUUUGGAAAAGGCGCCAGUCGUAGUCCUAGACGGGAAUGCACCACAAGCCACCAUCAAGUACGUGAUUCAACAUUGCAGCAAAACAAACAAACCAGUGUUUUUUGAGCCGACGGAUCGAAGAAAAGCAACCAAGGUUCUGCACAGUGGGCUACGCAUUGCCUAUGCUUCACCAAAUUUAACCGAGCUACGUGCAAUGGCACGCUUCGUCAAGCCUUACAUGCUUCCUGAUCAUGUUAACGGCGUAGAUGAAAUUUUAUACUUGUCUAAAAUGUUAUCAAGUUUUAUUGAAUGCCUAAUUGUAACAUUAGGAGCCAAAGGUGUUAUCAUCGUACGAAACAAGGAUCUUCACGGAAAUGGGUACGACACGACGGCAAAGCUCUAUCCAGUUAACGUAAUGGAAAGUAUAGAGAAUGUUUCAGGAGCUGGAGAUUGUUUUGCUAGCGGCUUCCUUCAUGGAGUUCUUUCAAAUCUAAAUGAACCAUCUUGUGUUUCAAUUGGAUUUGAAGCUGCUAAGAAUGCUUUGCUUUCUUCUAACACUGUUCCAUCUAAUUUUAAGAUGUCAACAGACGUCAAAGAAUCAAGUUAUAAAACUCUACUAUAACUUAACACAUUCGCUG